AUGGAAAAUCUUCCAGCUGAAAUUUUAAUGAAUAUUUUUGAAUUUUUGGAUGUGAAGUCGUUAAUUAAAGCAAUGGAAGUGAACCAAAGAUGGAACCAGAUCAUCAAAGAGCUUCUAACGUUGAGCUUCACGCUGAUCCUUUGUCCAUGCAACAUCGAAAAAGUUCCUAAAUUAGAUGGAAAAUUUAACUUUAAGACAAUUAAAAUAUUAUCAAUUCCAUUUUACCAGGAAAACGAGGAAUAUUUCGAAAAGAUUUUGAAAGUUGUGCUGAAAAACCGCAAUUGUUUUAAAGAAUUGAUCGUCGAUGGGAUUGCUGACAAAACUGUAAGUAAAAUGUUGAACAUAUGCACUGGAUUUAAGCAUCUACAGGUUCACAAUUUGACUUUGACUGACUCUCAAAGUCCUCAAAGGAGGCCCGUGACAAAGAAAAGAAAAACUGAAAAUUGCGAAAAGCAAAAAGAGCACCGGAAAUUUGUAAACUUGCUGUUAAGAUUAGCUGAGUUGAAAGAACGUUCCGAUCAAAAUGUGGAAGUUGAUGAAGCCUCAAAUUCAGUCCUGUUUAGCAAUGAUUUACAAAAUGAAUCUUUAAGUAGCAGUUUUGGACUAAAUGAUCAAAACGAUCAUAAUAACCAAAUUCUUGGCACAAUUCAGCACCCUCAAAGCACUUCUUUUAAUAGUUUUGAAAGUCAACCCUCAGCACCUGGUCAAAUUUGGAAUGAAUUACUUCCGGACUUGUUUGAUAUUGAUGAACUUGAUUCUACUGCUCAACAGCACACAGAAGAAGCAUCUAAUGAGCUGCAAGAAGUUGAUUUAAAAAUCCAGGAAAUGGUUCAAAUUCAAGAAGUUGUUGACAUGUUAAUGGAAAUUGAUGAUGAACAGCAGUUAAGUGUACUGAACUCAAAUGAUGUCCAAAAUCCUGAAGGAGCAGACUCAACUGGCCGAAAUUCAGCUUCUUUAGACAUAACUGGCCAAAACCUUGACAUUUCACAUGAAAUUGAUCAAUUUUUCAACCAGUUUGACGAAUCAAAUGAGGACAACCAAGAAGACGACGAUAUUCUACUCGACAACUUACCAAUUUAA